GGCAUUUACCAUGUCUUAGAACAGACUGCAGCCUGUUUCCACAAACGUGCUAAUACUGUAUUUCUUUGCUUUACGCUAGGUGGUAGUGACUCACAUGUCAGAGGAUGGUGCGGUCCCGGUCCCGGUCUCGAUCCCCCAGGUGGAAGAACAGGUCUUUAUCACCACUACCUAGAGAUUCUGAACCACACAAGCAGAAGUAUUCUCAUGGGCAUUAUGGCUGUGAAUACAGGAAGGAUGCAAAAAGACUCGCCGAUUGGAGAAUAGACAGUGAGAAAUAUGAGCAGUGUAAACCAAGAAUGUCCCCUCGUGGAAAUACGCAUUACCGAUCUUACGAAUACAGGUCACCUUCCCCAAACAUAAGAAGAAAUGUUUUAGAGAAUUUUUAUACACAUAAAGCACAUCGAGUGUAUUCGCCUGGAAGAGGAAACGGUGACCGAAGGUUUCAGUACAUGCCCAGAUAUUCAGAGUGGGCACCCUACAAGGAGUAUGAGAGAAAUUUUUAUCCGCAGACAUUGCAAGGAAGGUAUAUGACUGACGACCACAGAGUUAGAGGAAGUGAGAAAGGAGGAAAGCCAAAUCAGAGGGUAAUGGCAGAUUCCUUUAGAUCUGAAGGAAAGUGGCAUGAAGAUGAGUUGAGGUAUCAGAAAAUCCAAGAAGAAAACUAUCCUCAGUCACCUCGACGAGGCUUUGAAGACUUUGACACAAGGAGCUCUUUUCAGAAGAGGUAUCCUGAAGAUCAUGAUUUCAAAAACUAUGGACACACAUCAAAAAGAUCUAACGAUGUGGAAUGGUAUGAAAACAGAGUGCCUACCAGGAACCCAAAGUGGAAGCCUGAGCAUCCUCUUUCACAGUACCAAGAGGAGAAAGAGCCCUGGACCUUCAGUACCCAAACUCAUCGAUACGCUGAAAAGGAAUACUCAAGGACUGGUUCAGCUGCCAAAGUGUCUUAUGACUAUCGCCACAAACACCGGAAGCCAUCAGGUGGAGACCAGCACUUUUCUGAUGGAAGAACUCAGAGGGUUGCUACUAGCUAUUCCUCAGAGAGACAGAUGUCACAUGAUUUGGUUGCCGUUGGCAGGAAAAGUGAGAACUUUCAUCCAGUGUUUGAACAUCUUGACUCAACUCAGAAUACUCAGAACAAAUCUACAGAAGAAUUUGCUCAGGAAAUCAUAACAAUAAUCCAUCAAGUUAAAGCAAAUUAUUUUCCAGCAUCUGAUAUUACACUACAUGAGCGUUUCUCAAAACUGCAGAAGACAUGCAAUGCAGAUGUAAAUGAAAUUGAAUUGAAUUCAAAUCCAGAAAUUCACAGGAGGAUUGAUAUGUCUUUGGCUGAGCUGCAGAAUAGACAAACUGCUGUUUAUGACUCAGAACAGACUGUGGUGAAAAUAAUAGAUCCAAAUGACCUACGACAUGACAUUGAAAGGAGGAGAAAAGAACGGUUACAGAAUGAAGAUGAGCACAUUUUCUAUAUAGCUAGUGCUGCAGAGAGGUAAUCAGCAGAUGGCUUCAGCAUAUUUUUCAAUUUUUUGUGUGAUAAUUUCUUGUAGUUGAGGGAUUUGACCAUCUCCAUUUUAUAUGCUUAAGUGAAAUUUAUUAAAAUACUUCAAAGUUA